AUGAUGACGAUGAUGAGGAAGACGGGGGCGAAGGGGACGAGGGAGAAGGGGAUGAGGGAGAUGAGGGCGAAGGGGACGGGGACGCAAGCGGAGAUCAGGUUAGGGAUGAUUAACACGGAGAUGAGGAUGGGAGUGAUGGAGAUAACGAUAGUGACGAACAGAAAUAGGAGACGUCGAAGGGUAAUUGACAGCUUGAACGAGCUGAUGUUGACGUCAAGACCCAAGAUGGAGGAAGGAAGAGGAAGGUCCUCCCGUUUCGCUAGUCUGACGGCGGUAUACCAAUACGGGUCGGAAGAAUCGAGUCUUGGCGGGGUUGGACUAGAUUACCGGUGGGCAAAAGGUCAUGCUGGGAGUGGGACAAAGAAGAAAAUUGUUUGA